GGAGCUUCCUUGUGCCUGGGCUUUGAUUGCUGUAGGAUUCUAUCUGCCUCUUCCCUCCUCCUCUCUUGCCUGAAGACUGGGUUGGGUUUGGAGCAGAGGGAAGAAAAGGCAACGCACGGGGAUCGCGUUUCCCCGCCCGUUCCUGCUUUCCCCCCGCAGCUAGCAGUCUUUGCAGGUCCUUUUAUUAUUUUUUUUUCCUUUUGCAAAAAGUGCUCUUCGUCUUUAGCUGCUUUUAAAGAAAAGAAUCGUGCAGUUAGUGGCUUUUAAAACGUUUGUUUGGUUUUUUUUUAAAAAAAGAAAGCCGCCGUUUUAAUUUUUUUUUUUUUUUGCAAAGAGUAGAAUCCAGAAAGCCGUUGUUGGUUUGCGUGGGAGUUUCCCGAGAAAGAGAUGUCUUAUCAGGGGAAGAAAAAUAUUCCACGCAUCACGAGUGAUCGCCUUUUGAUCAAGGGUGGUAAAAUAGUUAACGAUGACCAGUCUUUUUAUGCAGACAUUUACAUGGAAGAUGGGUUGAUAAAACAAAUUGGAGAGAACCUCAUUGUGCCCGGAGGAGUGAAAACUAUUGAAGCUCAUGGAAGGAUGGUGAUUCCUGGAGGCAUUGAUGUUCACACUCGCUUCCAGAUGCCUGACCAAGGGAUGACCUCUGCAGAUGACUUCUUCCAAGGAACAAAAGCUGCUGUGGCUGGAGGCACCACCAUGAUCAUUGAUCACGUUGUUCCAGAGCCAGGGACCAGCUUGCUCUCUGCAUUUGACCAGUGGCGUGAAUGGGCUGACAGCAAGUCCUGCUGCGAUUACUCUUUGCAUAUGGACAUCACAGAGUGGCAUAAAGGAGUUCAGGAAGAGAUGGAAGCCUUGGUUAAAGAUCAUGGAGUGAAUUCUUUCUUGGUUUACAUGGCCUUCAAGGAUCACUUUCAGUUAUCAGAUUCUCAGAUAUAUGAGGUCUUGAGUGUGAUCCGUGACAUCGGCGCCAUUGCCCAAGUCCAUGCUGAGAAUGGUGACAUCAUUGCUGAGGAGCAGCAAAGGAUCUUGGAACUGGGAAUCACUGGACCUGAAGGGCAUGUUCUGAGUAGGCCUGAAGAGGUUGAGGCUGAAGCUGUGAACCGGGCCAUCACCAUUGCGAAUCAGACCAACUGCCCCUUGUAUGUCACUAAGGUGAUGAGCAAAAGUGCGGCUGAAGUGAUUGCCCAGGCCAGGAAAAAGGGCACUGUGGUAUAUGGGGAGCCCAUCACAGCAAGCUUGGGCACAGAUGGAUCUCACUAUUGGAGUAAAAACUGGGCCAAAGCAGCAGCUUUUGUCACCUCUCCACCUCUGAGCCCUGACCCCACCACUCCGGACUUCCUCAAUUCUCUGCUGUCUUGUGGAGAUCUCCAGGUCACUGGCAGUGCCCACUGUACCUUCAACACUGCCCAGAAAGCUGUUGGAAAGGACAACUUUACUCUGAUCCCUGAAGGAACCAAUGGAACUGAGGAAAGGAUGUCUAUCAUCUGGGACAAAGCUGUGGUUACUGGGAAGAUGGAUGAGAACCAGUUUGUUGCUGUGACCAGCACCAAUGCAGCCAAGAUCUUCAACCUGUAUCCACGGAAGGGGCGCAUUGCUGUGGGCUCUGAUGCCGACCUGGUGAUCUGGGACCCAGACAGUGUCAAGACGGUCUCUGCCAAGACCCAUAACAUAUCUGUGGAAUACAAUAUCUUUGAGGGCAUGGAAUGCCGUGGGUCACCAUUGGUUGUCAUCAGCCAAGGGAAGAUUGUGCUGGAGGAUGGGAACCUCCAUGCAACUGAAGGUUCUGGACGAUAUAUUCCCAGGAAACCUUUCCCGGAUUUUGUUUACAAGCGGAUCAAGGCAAGGAGCAGGCUGGCUGAGCUGAGGGGUGUGCCCCGAGGCCUGUAUGAUGGUCCUGUCUGUGAAGUCUCGGUGACGCCGAAAACAGUCACACCAGCAUCCUCGGCCAAGACUUCUCCAGCGAAGCAGCAGGCCCCACCUGUUAGGAACCUGCACCAGUCUGGAUUUAGCUUGUCUGGUACAUACUUAUGUGCGCAAAUCGAUGAUAAUAUUCCACGCCGUACUACGCAGCGCAUAGUGGCGCCACCUGGUGGACGUGCCAACAUCACCAGCUUGGGUUAAAACAAACAUGGCCGCUUAGCGGAUCAUGGGAGUGGGUGGGGCACUCGAAGACCCUUUUGAUUCUUUUAGAGCCUGUGAUGGUUACUGCGGGCAACUAGUGGGUAAUGCCUAGUUGAGGCGUAAGUCCCCCCAGUCACUUUGUUGUCAAUCUCUUUCCCCCAACAUCUUCACAGAACCUCUUCACUUACCUCUUUCUACACAUUUGGGAACAAACCCUGUUGCAUUUUUUUGACAUGGAAAUGCAAAAAAAAAAAAGGAAAGCAUUUAAGAAUAGAACUUGUGGCUUAUGUUACCAUUAACAUAUUUUCUUUCUUUUCUUUCUAAAAAAAAAAAAGGAAGGAUAAAGUGAAUUUCCUGGGAGCUGCCUUUUUAUUUUAUUUUUUAUAAAUGAAGGUAUGGGUUUAAUUAUUGAAAAGAACAGCCAAGCAAUUCAAGGGUUUAAACUGGACAUCCCUUAAACUGGAUUUUGCAGUAGUGCAAUUUAAAAGGGAACGUGGAAACGAUCAAAGACCAAAUUUCUUUACACCCUCCUUUCUCUAACUGGGAAGGUAAUAUUUGUGCUGCUAAGGUCCAUUAGCAAUUGGGUUGGGGCAGAGGGGAUGUAUCCCAUCCCAUUCUUACAUUUUCAUAUUUUUAUCUCAUUCCGGAGCUGAAGGGUUGUUUUUGUUUUUUAAAAGAUACGUGCGUGCGUUUGCUUGCUCCCGUAUGUUGUAUUGUCGUGUUUGAAAAUGCCUUAUUGGAGAUCUUUUCAUCUUUCCCAGUCCAAGUUGAACUUUAGGGUCCUCAUGACACCGCCACAAUGGAUUCUACUGUCACAGAAAACUUUGAGUCUCCAUUGCAAUUAACCAAUAACUCAGUCCUGUAUCAGCUCAGCCUUGGUUUUUACAGUAUGAAGGAUGUAUUCUUCAUCUGGUCCUCUGCUGUGCUGAUGUGCCAGGCUCUUUAAUAGUCUCUUAACUUUGAUAGUCUUUGCCACCUCUGUUCAUCACUAGGAAUCAAGCAGAUCUCUGUUGUUUGGCAACUACUGAGAUCCUUCUAAACACUGACUCUUUUUUCCCUGUGGGUUGGUUUUCUGAAAACCUUGAGAGCCAGCAUGCUGCCCAAAUUGUUGUUGUGUGGUGCCCUGAGCCCACAUUAAUUAAAUUAACUUAAAAUAAACGUCCUUUUAUUUCAUUUUAAUGCUUACUGGCUUCCCUCAGCUGAGAAACUCAGUCACUGUAAAACACACUAGCUCUUCUGCAGCCUCAAGCCCUUGGUCAAUGAACACAAUUUCCAAGCUAGUGUUCCUUGACUGAGUGGAAGGUGGAGUGGGGAGCACUGGCCAAAGACAUGAGACAUGCACACAAGUCUCCUUUUCUUCAUAAUGACCUGCAUGUACCAGUUGGAGAAGAGGACAACCAGUUUGUGCAGUGCCCUCUGGUGAUUCCACUUGUAGUAGCACUAGAUCAAAUUAAUGAACUCGCUCUUUAGAUUUAGCUCUAGACUAAUUCUUCUGCCACCAGAGGCCAUUGCACUCUAAGAGGCUGAUAGUGCCCUGAAGAGAGCUUAAAUUAUUCCUUCCUUUGUAAAUUCACUCUUGUACAGAGCCUCAACAUACUGCGGGGAACCUAAAGUUAACUUUAGUGCUGGCAAUGUGGGAGCCACUUCUCUUGAGUUGGACCCCUUGCAGCUGUGUCUCAAGUGGAUGGAGUCAAAUGCAUGUAACUUUGCUGUGGGAUCUAAAUGUAGGUAGCUUAUUAGAUUCAGCUGUCCCAAAUAUAGUCCAUAGAUCUCCCACUUGGGUGUUGAUGGGAAGAUACCAUGUGAUCAGUCCUCAUGACAGAGCAUACAAGGUUUUUGUGGCUUGUGUUGAGUCUCGCCGUGAGUUUAAUUUUAUUCUCUGCAGAGGCCACAUUAUCUCCCUUGCUUUGACCAUUGCUCUUUGAAAAACUGAUGUAUUGCCACAUACGUUUCUUUUUUGUUUUUUAUUUUAAAAAAAUUCUUAGAUCCUGGCACACAUUUGCAGAAUUCUUUUUAAAGUUUAAAAAAGUGGGUAGAUCCAAGCAGAUGCAUUUGGUCUUCAAAAUCAAUUGUUCAAGGUGCUGCCUUCAUUGGUUGGUUCUACAGCCCAAGUAAUGGGACCAAUACAGACCAGAAGUUCCAUGGUAGCUAAAGGAGAGGGGGAUAGUGAACUAGAGAUACAAUGUUGAGGGGUGUCAAAGGAGAUGGGACAUUAGGAGUUCCAUCGUAGCUCCUCCCCUGUAUUUUUCCCAUUGUAAAUAGCUGCCCCAUUGGAUCUUCAUUCAGAUUGGAACAGCGUGGGAGGAGAAUGAAACCAUAUCCCAACUGGAGUCAGCUGCGUUCCAUUAGACUUCCACAGAUCGAUAAAAGUACAUAGGAUUGAAUCACAGUCCUGAUCCAAUUCUUCUCCCCAUUCCUACUCCCACCCCCACCAUGGCUUCCACUUGCAAAGAGAACCACUUGGGGAAGAGGGUGACUUUGGACAAAGAUUUUGACCCUCAGUCACUGCUUCCCCCAGCAUUCUAAUCUUCCUAACCAACACCAGCAUCGUGCUCUAGAAAGCCAUUUGGUGUAUUAGUUAAGAGCAGCGGACUCUAAUCUGGAGAACUGGGUUUGAGUCCCCACUCCUCUGCAUGCAGCUACUGGGUGACCUUGGGUCAGUUAGAGCUCUCGCAGCCCCACCUACCUCACAGGGUUUCUGUUGUAGAGAGAGGAAGGGAAAAGAAGACUGCAAGCCACUCUGAGAUUCCAAGUGAAGGCUGGGGUAUAAAUCUAGUCUCUUCUUCUGCACCAUGGCCCUUACAAACUGACGACUUUCUGUGACUGUAUGCCAUCCACAGCUGAGUCCCUGUUACUAGUAAAGAUUUCUUCUUUUUUUAAAUAAAACAACUUAUAUUCCUGGCUGUUUGCUGAGCUUGGGGGUAUAGAAAGCAGCCAGUUUGAUGCUUCCCUAAGUUGCUGAGAUCUCAUGAAUUGUCUUUGCUCCUUUUCACACUUUCACCUUCUAGCACUAAUGGCAGCAAAUCACCAUUCCUGGCAGUUCCAUGUAGUGUUGGAGUCUUUUGUUUGCUUAAGAGAUUGCACUUUUUUAAUUAAAAAAAAGUAUUUAGUAAGCAUAAUAUAUAUAUUUGCAGCUGUUUUUUAAAAAAUUAUUUGUUUUUCCGUCUGUGCUUUAAUAUGAAUUUAAGCAAGGAGUUUUGGGGGGUUUUUUUGGGGGGGGGGAUAAGAAAAAAUAAGCAACUGUGUUUCAGUUCUACGAAACAUUUGCAGCUCAUCGUUAUUCACUUGAGUCUUCCUUUCCCCCCCAUGCCCAUGAUGAACAUUUGUUUUGCUUUGUUUUUAAAAAGUCAUUUUGUUUGUUCUUUAGAAGAAGAAAAAUGAGAAAACUUUUAAAAUUUUUUGCAGGCUAUGUAAGCAUGUUUUUUUCUGUGGGAGCUCGCUCGCUUGUGUGUGUGUGUACAUUUGUUUUAAUGAAUGUCAUAUGUAAAUGCUUCAAAGAAAUGACAUUGAACAUGGAAUUAACUAACCGCAGUGACUUGAUGCUCUAAAGGAAAAAUUAUUUAAAAAAACAACCAUGUAGAAUUUACUACUAGCUGGAUUUUAACCCUUGGAAUUGUGCUUGUGAAGGAGCUGUAAGUGCUAAACUGAUCAUGUGUGUAGGCAAAAGCCCUGAGAUUGGACCAUUCUCCCAAUGGUGCAAAUAAUGGCAUAAAAUGAGUCUUGUGUUUUUUCUUCCUUAGAAACUCUGUGUUAUAUUACCAUGGGAACUCCUAAUAAAGACAAAAUGUUGUUGUUUCA